AUGGUCAAGAUUGAGCCGUUUGAGGUCGAGCAAUGGAUGGACCGUCUCGAGACGACGCCAGGGGUUCUCAACAUCGCCGAGACAUGCGCCGCCUCAGUAUCUGUGGACGACUUGGUGCGAAUGUGCGAAGAUAAGGAUGCGCCGGGCCCCCUCUCGCUCUCCAAAAAGCUCACCUACGGCGCCAUCCGCGGCUCUGAGAACCUCCGUCAACGCGUUGCCGCCCUCUAUGACAGGGCAUCCGACGCCGAGCCGCUUCCGGCCGAGAACGUCAUCAUCACCCAGGGAGCCAUCACCGCCAACUUCUUAACCUUCUAUACCCUCGUGGGCCCCGGCGAUCAUGUCAUCUGCGUGUACCCCACCUACCAGCAGCUGUAUUCGGUUCCCGAGAGCCUGGGGGCCGAGGUGUCCCUGUGGAAGCUGAAGAAAGAGAACGGAUACAUCCCAGACGUGGCAGAGCUAGAAGGGUUAGUGAAGGACAACACCAAGCUCAUCGUGAUCAACAACCCCAACAACCCCAUGGGCAGCACCAUCCCCACCACCACGCUCGCCCAAAUCGUCAGCUUCGCCCAACAACGCUCCAUCACCAUCCUCUCGGACGAAGUCUACAGCCCACUCUACCACUCCCUCCCCGCCAACCAACCGGCCCCCCCCUCCAUCCUCACCUUCGGCUACGCCCAAACCAUCGCCACCGGCUCCAUGUCCAAAGCCUUCGCGCUCGCGGGGAUCCGCACGGGGUGGAUCGCGACGCGCGACCCCCGCAUCGCCGACGCCGUGGCCGCCGCCCGCGACUACACCACCAUCAGCGUGUCGCAGCUCGACGACCAGGUCGCCGGCUACGCGCUGUCGCCCGCCGUGGUGCAGCCCCUGCUGGCGCGGAAUAUGGCGUUGGCGCGCGCCAAUCUGGCGUUGUUGAGUGCUUUUGUGGAGAAGUACGCUGCGGUGUGUGCGUGGACCAAGCCGACGGCGGGGACGACCGCGCUGGUGCAGUUCCGGGAUUUGAAGGAGGGGGGCGCGCCGGUGGAUGAUGCGCGGUUGGUGAUGGAUGUGUUGGAGAAGACGAAGGUGUUGGUUAUGCCGGCGAGUCCAUGCUUUGGGUUAGGAAAGGAUUUUAAGGGGUUUGUGAGGAUGGGCUAUGUGUGUGAGACGGAGGUGCUGGUGGAGGGAUUGGAGAGAUUGGGGCGGUAUAUCGAGGAGUAUUUGAUGGGAGAAGGGAGGAAUUGA